AUGCCUCCCAGUGGUUCUAUGGAUGAUCUUCUGCAGGAACUGAAUCCUGAUUUUCUUGCCAGAUAUCCGUUUCACAUUAUAGCAGGGGAUUUUAAUGCCUCGAGUUCUCUUUGGGGAGCACGGGGAGAAAAUGAGAGAGGCCGGAAGGUUCUAGACUUUAUCUCGGAAAGUCGGCUAGUUGUGAUCAACUCUGAGGAGUCCCCUCCCACUUUCUUUACCACUAGGGCGGAGGGUUGGCCUGAUCUCACUUUAGCUUCAUUCCCACUAGCACAUCUUAUCAGCAAUUGGAGAGUCAGUGAUACGCUAACGUUCAGUGAUCACAGGCUGAUUCUCUUUGAAGUGAAAUUGCCUGGCAUAUAUUACACACAGUAUCGCUUAAAGACGAAAUAUGGCGGACAUUCCAAGUUCAUGCAACAGUGCAGGCUGAUUUUGCCCCAGUACCUCAAAGGACUAGACAACUGUACAACUGGUAACGAUUUGGACAGGAUCUACGAUAAAUUAAUACAUGAUCUAAUGGCAGUUGCUCGGAUGUCGUACAAAAGGAAGAGAUUGAAAAUAUCUGACUCUCUAUCCUGGUGGAACGGCAAACUUACGGAGCAGAGGAGUAGAGUUAGGGCUUUACGCAGAAGAGCGCAGGCGGAAAUAGACCCUGCUGCCAGGCAAAGUAGAAUGCAACUUUACAGAAUGGAACACGCCAGUUACAAAAAACUAAUCAUUAAUAGCAAACUGAAAGCGUGGCAAAACCAUUGCAGCAGAGUCAUAGAGCAUUAUGGCAAGGUACAGAAAGUAGCCUGUGCGAAAGUAUUUCGUCCACUACAGUUAGCAGCUUCGCAACUUGGCACCACUAGCGAAGAAAUUUUGGGCAACAUACUUGAAGCUAUCUUUCGCAAUGACACACAGGAGACAGACUCAGCACGACAAGGCGGACAUCAGAGAACACUAUGA